AUGUCCGACACCGAUUUCGAGACGAUCAGGAAGCUACAGGCUGAGAGGAAUGCUGCCUCUGCUGGUAAGAAGGGAUCGAAGACAUUUGAUCCGUCAAGUCAGCGAACUGAUGUUUCCACCAAGGCCUCCCUGACAGAAAGCUUCGAUACCAGUCUUUAUGAGCGCGAUGGCGUUGAUAGAUUCGCAGGCUAUAACACUUCCAUUGCGGUGACAGAUGGUGACGACGAUGAAAUGGAAGAAGCUGAUACCAGUCGGCGAUUGGUAGGCCAGUACACAGCUUCCAAGGAACAAAUGAACGAGUUCGCGCAUGGUAACGGGGUUGAGGAGGAAGACAUUCUUCUGGGCAGAGAGAAAAGUGCACGAAUCUCAGAUCGCGAAACAGACUACCAGAAGCGUCGACACGACCGAGUCUUAACUCCCACCAGAGCUGAUGGAAAUGCCGAGAGCUACAGAGAUGUUAUGGCCAGGAGAGAACUCGAGCGUGAAGAGGAAAGGGUUAGGAAAGCCAUCGAGGAGAAGAAGGCCAACGGCGAGGUUGUCCACCAUACUGCAACGCUGAUCAAGGAAGAUAGUGGCGAUAAGGAGAACGACGAAGCUGGCUCUACCGAAGCUGUCGCAAGCGGGCGCAAAAGAAAGAAGAGAUGGGAUGUGGGCGUUGAAGAAGAUGCCAAUAUGGCUCCGCCGUCAACGGAGGGUAAAACUAAACGUUCAAGAUGGGAUCAAACACCAGCAGUUGGAGGUGUCUCAGUUGAUGAAACGCCUAAGAGAAGAUCUAGAUGGGAUCAAGCACCUGCUGCCACUCCUAUGGGCAAUCAAGGAUUGGUAACUCCAAUGCAUCCAUCGCAAAUGGGUGGCCCAGCUAUACCAACUACAUUCGGGACCGAUAUCUCAUCAAGAAAUGCACCACUUUCAGACGAGGAGCUGGACAUGAUGCUGCCAUCUGAAGGCUACAAAAUUCUAGAACCUCCGCCUGGUUACGCUCCAAUCCGGACUAUUGCACAAAAGGUCAUGGCUACACCAUUACCUGCUGGUGGAUUCAUGAUGCAAGAUCCCGAUAGUGGAAGACAAUUAGCGAAGCAACUUCCAACAGAAAUACCAGGCGUGGGAGAUCUACAAUUCUUCAAGGCGGAGGAUAUGGCAUAUUUUGGAAAGCUCACUGAUGGUAGCGACGAAAACUCAAUGAGUGUCGAAGAACUCAAGGAAAGAAAGAUCAUGAGACUUUUACUUAAGGUCAAGAAUGGUACACCACCGAUGCGAAAGACAGCUUUGCGUCAACUCACUGAUAACGCCAGACAAUUUGGUGCUGGACCUUUGUUCAAUCAAAUUCUUCCAUUGCUUAUGGAAAAGACGUUGGAGGACCAAGAGCGCCAUUUGCUAGUCAAGGUUAUUGACCGUAUUCUCUACAAGCUUGAUGAUCUUGUCAGACCAUAUGUUCACAAGAUUUUGGUCGUUAUUGAACCAUUGCUUAUCGACCAAGAUUACUAUGCUCGAGUUGAAGGUCGAGAAAUUAUCUCCAAUCUCAGUAAAGCAGCAGGGUUGGCUCACAUGAUCAGUACUAUGCGACCAGAUAUUGAUCAUGUUGAUGAAUAUGUCCGAAACACAACUGCGAGAGCCUUUGCUGUUGUCGCGUCUGCACUGGGCAUCCCUGCACUUCUUCCAUUCCUACGAGCGGUUUGUAGGAGUAAGAAGUCAUGGCAAGCAAGACAUACUGGUGUUAAGAUCGUUCAACAAAUUCCUAUCUUGAUGGGUUGUGCCGUCCUCCCCCAUCUGAAAGGGUUGGUUGACUGUAUCGGUGGUAAUCUUAAUGACGAUCAGACAAAGGUUCGAACUGUCACCAGUUUGGCAAUUGCAGCUUUAGCGGAGGCAGCAAAUCCUUAUGGUAUUGAAAGUUUCGAUGAUAUUUUGAACCCCUUGUGGAGCGGAUCAAGGAAACAACGUGGAAAGGGUCUCGCUGGUUUCUUGAAGGCUGUUGGAUACAUCAUUCCUUUAAUGGACGAAGAAUAUGCCAACUACUAUACGGGCCAAAUCAUGGAGAUCCUCUUAAGAGAGUUUUCAUCUCCUGACGAGGAAAUGAAAAAGGUAGUGCUCAAGGUUGUUUCACAGUGCGCUGGGACCGACGGAGUUACGGCAGGAUAUCUGAAAGAGAACGUACUAGAUGAAUUUUUCAAAAGUUUCUGGGUUCGGAGAAUGGCAUUGGAUAAGCGUAACUAUAGACAGGUGGUUGAAACCACAGUUGAUCUGGGACAAAAGGUCGGUGUUGGCGAAAUUGUUGAGCGCAUCGUCAACAACUUAAAGGAUGAAAGCGAGGCGUACCGCAAGAUGACUGUGGAGACGAUUGAGAAGGUCAUUGCUAGUCUUGGUGCUGCAGAUAUCGGUGAAAGACUUGAAGAACGACUUAUUGAUGGUAUCUUGCACUCUUUCCAGGAACAGAGUGUCGAGGAUAUUGUUAUGUUGAAUGGGUUCGGAACUGUGGUCAACGCUCUUGGUACGAGAUGUAAGCCAUACCUUCCCCAGAUUGUCAGUACCAUUUUGUGGCGAUUAAACAACAAAUCCGCGACUGUUCGACAGCAAGCGGCGGACCUUAUCUCUCGAAUAGCAAUGGUUAUGAAACAGUGUGGUGAAGAUGCUUUAAUGGGCAAGCUAGGUGUUGUGCUCUACGAAUACCUCGGUGAAGAAUAUCCCGAAGUUCUUGGAUCUAUCCUUGGCGCCUUGCGUUCUAUUGUCACUGUGGUUGGUAUCAACCAAAUGCAACCUCCAAUCAAGGAUCUACUUCCUCGACUUACACCAAUUUUACGAAAUCGGCACGAGAAGGUACAAGAAAAUACCAUUGAUUUGGUUGGUCGUAUCGCUGAUCGUGGGCCUGAGAGUGUUAAUGCUAGAGAAUGGAUGAGAAUCUGUUUCGAACUUCUAGAUAUGCUCAAGGCUCACAAGAAAGGUAUUCGUCGAGCUGCCAAUAACACGUUCGGUUUCAUCGCCAAAGCCAUUGGACCCCAGGAUGUUCUCGCGACUCUCUUAAACAACCUUCGAGUUCAAGAACGUCAAUCUCGUGUCUGUACAGCUGUAGCAAUUGGUAUUGUUGCAGAAACUUGCGCUCCAUUCACAGUCCUUCCAGCAUUGAUGAACGAAUACCGUGUACCCGAACUCAAUGUUCAAAAUGGUGUCCUCAAAUCGCUUUCCUUCCUCUUUGAGUACAUUGGUGAGAUGGCCAAAGAUUAUGUCUAUGCUAUCACACCUUUACUUGAAGAUGCAUUGAUUGAUCGUGACCAAGUUCAUAGACAGACUGCUGCCUCGGUUGUCAAGCACGUAGCACUGGGUGUGGUUGGUCUUGGUUGUGAAGAUGCUAUGCUUCAUCUUCUCAACUUACUAUACCCAAAUCUCUUCGAGACGAGUCCUCACGUCAUCGACCGCAUUGUCGAAGCUAUUGAAGCUAUCAGGAUGGCAAUUGGACCAGGUCUGGUUCUCAACUAUGUCUGGGCUGGGUUAUUCCAUCCAGCACGCAAAGUUAGACAACCUUAUUGGACGCUCUACAACAGCGCUUAUAACAAGGAUUGCGUCCACUCUCUGGACGUUAUUGCGGGGUAUCCAAAUGCAUCAAAAACAGGGGUACCAGCCGAGCCAGCCUUCACCCAAGCAUCGCCCCGCAUAAUUUCCCCAAGAUGCGGAGCAGAAAAGGAAAAGAAAGUGGAAAAGAUCAUCCAAACCAGUUUUCCGGCGCCGUGCCCUGUUGAUAUCCACUGCUUCAAUUACGCCAAGGUUUACCACAAUACAUUCUCACGCCAAAUACCCGAACACUUGAGACGUGUGUCAGUAUACAAUGUCAACGGUUCAGUCACCAGCCCAGAAGCAUUGACAGGAACCGGGUGUUCAAGCUCGGCGACUUUUGCCUCCUCUUCUGCUGUUACUUAUGACUUCAAAAAGAACAUCGCCGGUAUCGUCUCCUUCAACGUUGAUUCUGUCAAUGGAGACGGGGAUCAAUUUAUCGGGAUUAGCUUUACUGAAAGUUCACUGUGGAUUAACGAGAACGGUUGUGAUGCCACAGCUGACGCAGGAAUUGAUGAAGCUUUAUGGUUUUCAGUCACAAGUGGCGGCUUUUACAAAGCCGAAACACAACACCAACGAGGUGGAUUCAGAUAUUUAAAUGUCUAUCACAAUACCUCCGGAUCUGUUGAAGUCUCAAACUUGACUAUACAAUACACGGCUGUACCUCAUAAAGCAGAGAACGAACUCAGAUCCUAUACAGGCUACUUCCAUAGCAACGACGACCAGAUUAACCGAGUAUGGUAUGCCGGAGCUUACACUAAUGAUAUGUGUACUAUCGAUCCUACAGCUGGCAAUUCAUUAGUUCAUCUAGGCGUGAUCAACUCAAAUAGUACCAUCACUGAGCCCGUUACAUGGUGGAAUAAUUACACUAUUGCCAAUGGUACUAGUGUUCUCACAGAUGGUGCUAAGAGAGAUCGUCUUGUAUGGCCUGGAGACAUAGCAAUUUCCGGGCCUUCAGUGUUCGUUUCAACUAAUGACAUGAUAACCAUUAAGAAUUCUCUCGACUCAUUACUAGUACUCCAAAACUCAUCGGGGGCACUACCAUACGCCGGAAUCCCCUUCACUACGAUCUUGAACACCUGGAGUUUUACCUAUCAUCUUCAUUCACUAAUCGAUAUUCACGAUUACUAUCUGUUCACCGGGGAUGUUGGCUAUUUACAAGAACAUUGGGGACAAUUCAAGUUGGGAAUGAAUUACUCCCUGAGCUUCAUUGAUGAGACGAAGAUGGCCAAUGUUCCCGUAGGCAAUGCUGAUUGGUUACGGGUCGGUAUGGGUGGUCAUAAUAUCGAGGCGAACUCUAUUCUGUACUACACUCUCAAUCUAGGCAGGAAGCUUUCAAAGGUUCUUAAUGACUCAGCUGCUACUUCGUCAUGGCCAAGUUACGCAGCUGGCAUCAAGUCAGCCGCGAACGCCAACCUUUGGGACAAUACAGCAAAUCUUUUUCGGGAUAAUGAUACCCUUCCUUUAACAACACUCCACCCACAAGACGGAAAUGCAUGGUCCAUCUUCUCUGGCUUGGUAGAUUCUCCAUCCCGCGCACUUCUGGUCUCCGACUCUUUGGCCGCCCGCUGGAAUGAAUUUGGUGCUCCGGCCCCCGAAGGUGGUGGUAAUGUUGUUUCCCCCUUCGUCAGCAGUUUUGAAAUCCAAGCGCAUUAUCUAGCUGGUCGAGCCGAUCGUGCUGUCCAAAUGAUUAAAUUCAUGUGGGGAGAUUUCAUGCUGGACGAUCCACGCAUGACGAAUAGCACUUUCAUUGAAGGAUAUUCAACAGAUGGUAGUCUACACUAUGCCCCAUAUAAGAAUGAUCCGAGAGUAUCGCAUGCCCAUGGCUGGAGUACGGGUCCUACAUCUGCACUUACGUUCCAUGGAGCAGGAUUGAUGGUUACCAGUGGUGCUGGAAAGACUUGGAGUGUGGCUCCAAAUCUAGGAGGCUUGACAGAUGUGGAGGCGGGGUUUCAGACUUCUCUUGGUAGCUAUGCGGUCAAGGCCGUGGGCAAAUCAGGAAAGUUGACAAAUAUUGAAAUUACCACUCCAGUGGGUACAACGGGUUCUAUUAGUGUGCCAUAUACCAACCAAACCGCAACAAUGAGUUUGCAAAGAAAGGAUGGAAGCUCUGCUGCUACAACAUACCAUAUUGCGGCGGGUAAUGCGACAAAUGGGAAAUAUGCAGUUGAAGAUGUGGCUGGAGGAAACUGGACUGUAACGAUAACUUAUUAA